UCCAUUAUUAUACAAUAGAGAGAGCAAGUGAAAGCGAGAAGGGAGAAGGGAGAAGGGAGAGAGAAAGUCAUGGAAGCUGGUUUUUUAAUAUUCCUUACUCAAUUGACUCACCAACAUUCCCCAAUAGCCAUAUCCAAAACUUUUAUUAUAUUUCUGUUUAUGGCUUUUGCUUCUGUCAUGUUUUCACAUUAUUAUAAUCGUAGAAAAAAAUACUCAGUAGUUCGAAAACCACGUCUCCCACCAGGUCCAAAGCCAUGGCCAAUCGUGGGUUGCCUCCCAACAAUGUUAACCAACAAAUCCCCAACAUCCCAUUGGAUUCAUUCGGUAAUGAAGCAAUUCAACACCGAGAUUGCUUGCAUACGCCUUGGAAGUACUUACAUUAUCCCAGUCACUUCUCCAGAACUCGCUAUUGAAUUUCUUAAGACACAUGAUUCUGUCUUUUCAUCACGUUCUUCAAUUUCCAACACUGUUCAUAUCUUAAGCCGUGGAUAUCUCACCACUGCAUUUUCAUCCAUGGGUGAUCAAUGGAAGAAGAUGAGAAGAAUUCUCGCAUCCGAAAUUCUCAAUCCGACAAUGCUUCAUCAAAUGCUUGGCCAAAGAACCGCAGAAGCUGAUACACUUUUACGCUAUAUUUUCUCCAUUACAAGUGGAAAUGGAGGUUCUGCAGUGAUUAAUGUUAGAAGCAUUACACAGCAUUAUUGUGGUAACAUUAUUAGAACAAUGCUAUUCAAUAGAAGAUACUAUGGCAAAGGGAGGGAAGAUGGAGGGCCAACUUUGGAAGAAGAAGAACAUAAUCAAGCACUGUUGACGAUUCUUAGGCAUGUUAAUGCAUUUUCUAUAUCAGAUUUUAUGCCUUGUUUGAAGCCAUUUGAUCUAGAUGGACAUGAGAAAAUUAUGAAGAAUGCUUUGAAUGUUGUUCGAAAGCAUGACGAACCCAUAAUAGAUGAGAGAGUGAAACAAUGGAAGAAGGAUAAGAAACUAGAAGGCAAAGACAUUCUUGAUAUCCUUAUUUCACUUAAAGAUGAUAAUGGAAAUUCAUUGUUGUCAAUUGAAGAGAUUAAGGCCCAAAUCACUGAGUUACAAAUUGCGACAAUAGAUAAUCCAUCGAAUGCAGUGGAAUGGGCAAUGGCGGAAAUAAUCAAUCAACCAGAAGUUCUCAAGAAAGUCGUCAAAGAGUUGGACGACGUAGUGGGAAAAGAAAGGCUAGUUCAAGAAUCCGAUAUCCCAAAACUCAAGUAUCUCACUGCUUGUCUUAGAGAAUCUUUUCGACUUCAUCCAUUUUCACCUUUCAAUAUUCCACAUGUAUCAAAAUUUGAUAUCGUUGUGAAUGGCUACUUAAUUCCCAAAGGUAGUGAAGUCUUGCUUAGUCGUUUUGGUCUGGGUCGAAACCCAAGAAUUUGGGAGGAUCCGAUCAAAUUUAAUCCAGAACGUCACUUAAAAGAUGCCUCAGAAGAAUUGGGAUUAUCAGAACCCAGCUUGCGAUUCAUCACCUUUAGUAGAGGGAGGAGAGGAUGUGUUGGGAGCUCACUUGGAACUAAUAUUACCAUGAUGCUAUUUGCUAGACUUCUACAAGGAUUUUCAUGGAGCUUACUACCAGGAAUCAAAGAAAUUGACUUCUCUAAAAUGGAUCACGAACACUUGCUCUUAAAUCCAUUAAAAUUGCAUGCAGAACCACGUUUGUCUCAUGGUAUGUACCCUAGCUAGGCUUAUUGACCAUGAACCAUAAGCUUACCUCAAAUGAAGAUGCCUACAACGUAUAACAUAAGAAUAUGUAUACAUGUUGUCCUUUCAGUUUCUACAUAUAUGCUUGUGUAAUUUAUGUUAGUCGUGUGUAUCCAUGUACUUUUUUUCACUUGUUUGUAGGGAUAAUUUACAUGUUGCGUGGGCAAAUAUUAGCAAUAAAUAAGUGUACUUUUCGUAUAUA